AUGGCCACUGAAAAGGAACCUAAACCAUUGACGACAACAAUGAGUCUACAAGAUAUCACUACAGAUCAAGAAACUACCUUGAAACAAAUAUGGACAUAUUUAUUCCAUCUGUGGGGUAUCCCCGUAGAUGGUACCAAUGCCUUCAAAAAGGAUCCAAGCCUUCACUCUCUUUCUCCUCAAACAUCAAUUAAAUCUGUUGAAAAGGAACCUAAAAAAAAGUCCCUAUUUGGCAAAAUGUACUCCAUGACAGGAUCCUCUUCAUCAUCAUCAUCAUCAUCAUUUCCACCGGAUUCAACUCAACAGCAUUCUCAACAUCACCAUCAUCAUAAAUUGAAUGAAAGACUUCCAUAUACUUUGAAUAUGAUUCAUCCUGAAUUUAAACAGUUGACUGUACCACCAAAAGAUACAAGAAAGUUAUUUUGGGAAAUGUUAAGAUUAGAUCCAGUAGAUAAUCAUAUCUUAAGAUUUGCAAGAGCAAGGAAAUGGAACACUGAUAAUACAAUCAAAAUGUUAUCAAAAACAUUCCAAUUCCGUCUCACUAAGAAACCAAUCAAUGAAAUAUUAAAUAAAGGAGAAGCCACCAUCAUUAAAGAAAAUAAACAACAAGGCCUAAUCAAAAACCUCGAAUUACAAAAAGCUGUAAUUUAUAAUCAUCCAACAGAAAAUUCAGCAUGCCCAUUAAUUGUAGUAAGACCAAAAUUCCAUUAUAGUUCUGAUCAAACUGAAGAAGAACUAGAACAUUACGCAUUGUUAAUCAUUGAACUUGCAAGAUUAUUCAUGAGAGAACAUUCCAUUAGUAUUCUUUUCGAUUUGACUGAUUUCUCAUUAUCAAACAUGGAUUAUACUCCUGUUAAAUUCUUGAUCGCUUGUUUUGAAGCUCAUUAUCCUGAAUCAUUAAGUCAUUUGUUCGUUCAUAAGGCACCAUGGCUUUUCAGUCCUAUUUGGAGUAUUGUGAAAAAUUGGUUGGAUCCUGUUGUAGCUUCAAAAAUUGUCUUUACGAAGAAUACUUCUGAAUUAGAAAGGUUUUUGAAACCAGAACAAAUCCCAUCAUAUCUAGGAGGUAAGAAUGAUUCUAUUGAUUUGGAUCAUUAUGUGAAACCAGAUGGAUCUCAUGACGAUAAAUUGAAAGAUAAAGAAGGAUUGCAGUUGGUACAAAAUCAACGCAUUGAGUUGAUUGAUAAAUUUGUCAAGUUAACCGUGGAUUGGAUUCAAAGUGAAACUGAUGAACAAUCGAAGGAGCUGUUUGCAGAAAGAUGUAAUGUUAGCGAUGAUAUUUGCAAUAAUUAUAUAGAACUCGACCCCUUUAUCAGAUCAAGAUCAAGCUAUGAUAUAAACGGACUUUUGAAAUUGUAA